CGGGGCUUGGGGUGUCAUAUAAAAGUUCACCCUGCAACACGUGACUCCUUUCUGCCGGACCGCCGCCAUCAUGGACACCAGUCGCGUGCAGCCUAUCAAGCUGGCCCGGGUCACCAAGGUGUUGGGCAGGACCGGCUCGCAGGGACAGUGCACUCAGGUGCGUGUGGAAUUCAUGGACGACACGAGCCGCUCCAUCAUCCGCAACGUAAAAGGCCCCGUGCGCGAGGGCGACGUGCUCACUCUGUUGGAGUCUGAACGAGAGGCUCGGAGGCUGCGCUGAACCUGCUGGGUCCUGGAUGUCCUGGGUCGACCAUCUGGCCGAUGGGGAUGGUCUCUGACUGUUAAAUAAACCGUUUGUAUUGUAUGUAAACCCC